UUUAAUCGGGUUGCAGUGGUUGGUGGCUCCGCGCGUUCCCAGCCGCCCGCGCCUCUCCAUCCAUCCACCCACCCCUCCAUUCAUCCAUCAUCCGUCCGCCCAUCCGUCCCUGCGGUGAUGCCCGCGGUGGCCGCCGCUGCCUGAAGGGCAGAGCCAUGUACCUCCUGGACAGCAGCGAGCCGCCGGCCGCCGCCUCCUCCCCCGAGAGGAUGCAGCGGGGCACCCCGCAGAGGAAGACCGUGUACCGCAUCUCCGUGACCAUGGUGAAGAAGGAGCUGCUGGGGCCCGAGAGCGGCCGCGCCGGCCCCGAGCUGCCCCGGCGCGGGAGGAGCCGCCCGCCGGGCUCCUCCAGCCUCACCAGGGCCGGGCUGCUGCUGCUGGAGGAGGAGGAGGGCGAGGAGGAGGAGGAAGGCGGCGAGGAGCGCGACCGUGUCCCGAGCCCCUGCGGCCUCCGCACCUUCCGGACGCUGAGCACCGGGCAGCUGGAGCUCGGCCGGCUCAAGGUGCCGCGGAGAUCGGGGCCACCCGUGCCCGGGGGCCCGCGGGGCAUCCCUGCCGCGCCCGGAGCAUCCGCGGCCGCAUCCCCCGCCGGGCAGCAGCAGCAGGAGCAGCAGGAGGAGGAGGGCGAGAAGGACGGGCGGCCCGGGGAGAAGGCGGCGGGGGAGCGGGGGCACAGCCCGCGGCGGCAGCCGGGGCUGCUGCGGCGGAGCUUCAGCUUCAGGCACUGGAGCGGCGCGGGGGAGCCGGCCCGGGUGCGGCGGCACAGCAGCUCCGGGAGCCUGCCCGGGCCGCCGCCGCCCUCCCCGCCCGCCGCGCUGCCCGCAGAGCCCCCCGAGAAGCGCAACACGCUGGACGUGGGCGAGGUGCUGAGCCAGGCGGACCCGCUGUCCCGCCUGGAGCGCUGGGAGCGCAGCAAGAGCAAGAACCGGACCCUGGAUAACAGCGACCUGCAGCGGCUCUCGGAGCGCCUGGGCCGGGAGGGCCCCGCCGCCGGCACCGAGCACCGGCUCCUGCGCUUCUUCAGCGGCGUCUUCGCCCGCAGGGACGGCCCCGCCGCGCUCUUCGGCAGCCCCCACGGCCGCUCCCCCCGCAGCAGCUUCUCCAGGUCCAGGGCUUACUUUAGCAGCCUCCGGAGGGCCGCCGUGGACAUGCAGUCCAGCUCCGAGAGCAUCAACGGGUCCCCGCACAAAGAUGCCUUUGUAAAUAGCCAGGAAUGGACACUGAGCCGAUCCGUGCCGGAGCUGAAAGUGGGGAUCGUGGGUAACCUGGCCAGUGGCAAGUCGGCGCUCGUGCACCGGUACCUGACGGGCACCUACGUGCAGGAGGAGUCCCCCGAAGAUAUGGAUGCAGGUGGGAGAUUCAAGAAGGAGAUAGUAGUUGAUGGACAAAGCUACCUGCUGCUGAUUAGAGAUGAAGGAGGCCCUCCGGAGGCUCAGUUUGCCAUGUGGGUGGAUGCUGUUAUCUUUGUCUUCAGCCUGGAGGAUGAGGUCAGCUUCCAGACCGUGUACCACUACUACAGCCGCAUGGCCAACUAUCGCAACACGAGCGAGAUCCCCAUGGUCCUGGUGGGGACACAGGAUGCCAUAAGCUCCACCAACCCCCGGGUCAUCGACGAUGCCAGGGCGAGGAAGCUGUCGAACGACCUCAAGAGAUGCACCUACUACGAGACCUGUGCCACGUACGGGCUCAACGUGGAGAGAGUCUUCCAUGACGGUACACGAGGCCUUUUUCACCCACUAUAG